UUAAAUGCAUAUAUUUUGAAAAUAAAAGAAUAAACUAUUUUACUUUUAUAUAAAUCUAUGCAAUAUUUUUUCAGAGAGUUCUAGAAUAAUAUCUUACCUUUUUAACUAUAGUUUCAAUAGCAUCUAAAAUUUUAUAACCUGAAAGUAGCUAUAUAUACUCAAUAAUAUUGUUUUUAAAUUGGUGAACAUAUUAUGAUCAAUUAAUAAUUUACUUCCGGCCUCAUAGUGUAAUUUGGUCAAAAUGUUUGGAUCAAACAUGAUUAAAUUUCUAAGAAACAACUGGAAUGUAACAAGGAAACAAGUACUUGGUGGGAGAUCAUAUGUGCAGCAUCAACAGAAGCAAUUUAAAAGUGAUCUCUAUGAACCUGAUUAUCUCAUUAGUAUGGAGCCAGAUGAACCUGUGUUUGACUGCUUAAAUCUCCAAUUAAAGGGCUAUGACUUUACAUUACUAGAAGCAGCCCAAAGCCAAAUCCACAGAUAUGCUGAGGUGAUGGGCAUUCAGGUCGAUGAGUGUUGGGCUACACCAGCACAGCAGUUGAAGGUGCAGAAGUUUAAACCUGGUGGAACAGCAAUUGACACUGAAUAUCAUCUUAAUGUCUAUGAGCGUAAUGUUCAGGUCAACGACGUUCCCGCGUGGGCUUUGGGAACGCUGUUACGAGUAGCUCGAGCUACGCUACCACAAGGUUGCACUCUCAAUGUGCACGAGCAUGCUAUCGAACACGAAGAAAUUAGAUAUGUUCCUGAUAAUCAACUCCUGGAUCUCAAGCAACAACUAGAGGACAUGGGUGGUAGCCGUGCAGAAAAGAGAAAAAGGAAAUAAAUUAGCCAAUAAAAUGUAAAUAGUAUUAGUGUAACAAUAUAGUUAGCAUAACAUAAUGGAAAUUUUAUUUAGAAUUCGUAAGUACCUAUAGAAUCCUGGACAGUAGAAUUCCCAAUAGCUUGAUACGAGUCCUGUUGUAAUUAAUUCU